AUGUCUCUCAAGCCUAUCACCAUUUACGGACAUGGCCCGGGCCCCAAUCCCUGGAAGGUGAUCAUGGUCCUGGAAGAGCUGAACAUCCCCUACACCCACAAAAUCGUCGACUUCCCAGAUAUGAAAAAAGAAGCAUACGAGUCUAUCAACCCCAACGGCCGUGUCCCCGCAAUUCAAGACCCAAACACCGACAUCAGCCUCUGGGAAUCCGGCGCAAUUGUUGAAUACCUGGUUGACACAUACGACAAGCAAAACACCAUCAGCUUUGCGGCCGGCUCCAAGGAGUACUACCUUGCCAAGCAAUGGCUCCACUUCCAGAUGUCUGGCCAAGGCCCGUAUUUUGGUCAGGCUAUAUGGUUCAGCCGCUACCACUCAGAGAAGGUGCAAAGCGCAAUCGACCGCUAUAUCAACGAAAUCCGCCGUGUUUCUGGCGUGCUCAACCGCGCCCUCGAGGGGAAGCAGUAUCUCGUCGGUGACAAAUUCUCAUAUGUCGAUGCUGCUUUCGUUCCUUGGUAUCUGCUUACUGGCCAAUUUGGAAUUGAUAUGGAGAAGGAGUUCCCCAAUGUCGCUGCUUGGUUGAAGCUGGUGCAAGAACGUCCUGCUAUUGCUAAGUCGGUCCAAGAUCGGGCUGAGGCUUGUGCGCAACACUAA